AAUGAAGAAAGCCAAGACCCCUGACUGAGUACAGUUUUCAAGAGGGAAACCUAGCCAGAUGUAUGAAUAUGGAACCAUAAGAUGAUACCCACUUUGCCUACUGAGGAGAAUGCAACAAGGACUAUGAAAUGGACUGCCAUGUACACAGACCAUGCAACAACAUACAGGUCAAAGAGGUGGUGCAGUGUUUAUCUUAUGCAUGUAAACAGAAUUGUUACUUAACAGAUCACAUGAGUAUACAUGCAAGAGAAACACUGUACAAGUGUGAGGAGUGUGAUUAUGCAUGUGACCAGAAUAGUGACUUGACAGAUCACAUAAGGACACAUAUAGGAGAGGGACCGUACAAAUGUGGGGCAUGUGGUUAUGCAUUUAAAAAGAGUGGUCACUUGAAGAAACACAUGAUGAUACAUACAGGAGAGAGACCGUACAAAUGUGGGGUGUGUGGUAAAGUAUUUAAAGUGCGUGGUAACUUGAAGAAACACAUGAGGACACAUACAGAAGAAAGACCGUACACGUGUGAGGUGUGUGGUGAAGCAUUCAAACAGAGAGGUAACUUGACGAGACACAUGAGGACACAUACAGGAGAGAGGCCCUACAAGUGUGACGUGUGUGGUGAAGCAUUUAAAAUUCGUCAUACUUUGAAGAGGCACAUAAGGAUACAUACAGGAGAGAGACCGUAUAUGUGUGACGUUUGUGGUGAAGCAUUUAAAGUUCGUGAUAACUUGAAGACACACAUGAGCAUACAUACAGAAGAGAGACCGUACAGUUGUGAAGUGUGUGAUGAAGCAUUUAAAUUGCGUGGCAACCAUAUUGGUUCCCUGAAGAGACACAUGCGGUUACAUAAAGGAGAAAGACCCUAUAUGUGUGAGGUCUGUGGUCAAUUAUUUAAACAGAAUGUUCAUUUGAAGAGACACAUGAGGGCACAUACAGGAGAAAUUCCAUACAAGUGUAAAGUGUGUGAUUAUGCAUUUAACCAAAGUGGUGACUUGACUGAUCACAUGAGGAUACAUACAGAAGAACAAGUGGUUUCACAAUAA